AUGACCUCGAUGAGUGAUCUUUGGCAGGAUUUGGUAGAAGAGAUAUUGUCCAAGGUUCCGAUAACUUCUCUGGGAGCUGUGAGAGCCACUUGCAAAGGAUGGAACACUUUAUCCAAAAAUCGGAUUCUAUGUACAGGAGAACCAAAACAGCAGUUUCUGGGGUUCACGAUGUUGAAUCAUAGGCUUUGUUCAAUGAGAUUUAAUAUGGAAGACGUCCACAAGAAAGAUGAUGAAGAAUUCGUGGAUCCAUCUAUAAAGGAGAUAGGUAAUUUUCUUAAUCAUGUCAAGAUUUUAGAUGUCUAUCAGUGCAACGGUUUAUUGUUAUGUGUCCCCAUGGAUAACUCAAGGCUCGUGAUUUGGAACCCGUAUCUGGGGCAAACCAAGUGGAUCCAACUCAAAACAAUAACAAAAUCCAUGUAUGCCCUUGGAUAUGACAAGAACAAGAACCACAAGAUAUUGAGGUUUUUCAAUUAUAACCAGGGUUACUAUAAAAUUUACGAUGUUAAGUCUAGUUCAUGGAAGACUUUUACUGUCAUUCCCAACUGGGAUAUAAUCUAUUAUCGGCAGGGUGUAUCACUACAUGGAAAUACUUACUUUUGGACAGAAGGUGAAACCCAUGAGUUCUUAAUCUGUUAUGAUUUUACAGAAGAGAGAUUUGGAAAGUUUCUAGAUCUACCGUUUCAGCCUGAUGAUUCUGGUUUUGGAGAUAGGGGUGAUGUAUCUUGUGUUAAAGAAGAUAAACUCGCUGCGUUAUAUCAUCACUGUGAUGUAUUGUCUAUAAUAGAGAUUUGGAUCACUACUAAGAUAGAGCCCAAUGCGGUGUCGUGGAUCCCCUUUUUAAAAGUUGAUUGUGAGCCAAUCUCUGGGCUUGAUUUGGUGUUUGAUGAAGAUUACAACAGUUUCUUCGUUGACGAAGAGAAGAAACUCGUGGUGGUUUUUAGUUCAUGCAGCGACGAACCCGAAGACUACCAAAAAGCUUACAUCAUUGGAGAAGAUAGUUACUUUAAAAAAGUGGAACUUGGAGAAGUUAAAGCAUAUCAUAUCCCACUUGUGUGUUCUACCUCUUAUGUUCCAAGUUUAGUGCAAAUUAACCAAACUGCAGGACCCAAAAGGAGAGAGAAUAAGAAGAAGAGGAAGCAAAACCAUGCAGCAAUUAAGGCACAAGCUAUUCUCAACGAUUAUAAUAAAAAUUUGGGACUAAACCCUAGAUCUGGUUCUCGGGCUACAAUACCUGAUGGAAAAAUAAUUGCUCAGACCGAUGGGUUAUUGCGUACGCCGCCUCCCAAGGUAGCUCGACUUGUUAUUUCCACGCAGCAAACUGAAUGUCGAGAAGGAUUACCUGGUGUCCCUAACAAUGUUGGCAACACCGUUCCCAUUGAUUUCGUCCCUGGUACUCAAUCUUCGGCUAUCGCUCACUCUACUGGUGCGGCUGCAACCAAUGAGCCUUCCCCUAUACUCCCUGCCCCUCAAUUGCCAACCUAA